AUUCAGCUAACUCUAUUUGCUUUGCUGAAUGAAUAAUUAUCAAAGUUAAAUUCUACUUAAUCAAUUGUGUUAAUUAUAUUUGCUGGACGAUAUAUUUUAUUUAAUAUUAAAAAUUUAGAAUUUAGCAGAAGGCAUAUGAGUUCUACAGAUAAAAGCUACAAAAGACAUAAAGUUGAAGCUAUUCCACUUACAUUUGCGUUUGAUAAAAAAAUACACCCUGAUGAAUACAAAAACUACAUCAGUAUCAAUUAAAAUAGAGAAAAUAAAUAAAUUGGAGUUCUUCAUAACGCAAUCAGUAGCUUAAUAUAAAAACAGAGACCUCGAUUAUAAGAUGAGUUUGAGAAAUCUAAUAAUUUUAGAUUAUCCUAAGAUUUUGGAAAUCAAUCUACCCUUAGAUCGGAUACCAAUAAAAAACGGGUUGAUACUAUUUACUUACCCUCUACAUCUAUUUAUUUAACAUCUAAAAAUUCACCAAGUAGGAUGGAAAGCAAUUAAAAGUUAUAUAUACCAUAUGAUAAUAGUGCCUAUACCACUCCGAAAAAUAAAAGCAAGGAUAUUACAUUAGGUAUAAUGGAAAGAAGAAAUAAUGACCUUUUGAUGAAUUAGUAAUCUUAGCAAUUUAGCUCGCUUGGAGAUAAAAUUUCUACAAAUUAAAGUUCCCCUUUAAAUAAAACUACAAUUAUGAAAAAUUAUAGUCUAGAUCACUACUAAAAGCCUUAAUUAAUAGGAAAUUAUAAUGUUUAAAAACGAUCAAAAAGCUCAUAUGUAGAUUAACUUGAAAAUAACAAUAGUUUAUCUAAAAAUUAAUCAUCGAUUGAAUAAGAUUAACUUGAAUUAUGUAAAAAGAAAUGCAAAAUUAAUCCUGAAGACACUUUUAGCUAAGUUAUAAAGAAAAAUAAAGACAGGAAUGAUAUUCUGAAUUAUUAUUUGAGAGACCUUAGGAAAAAAUCGGAGUAACAUGAUUAUGGAAAAGAUUAUAUUUAGAAAAAAGAUUCAAUAAAAAAAACUUAGCUUUUUUCGAAGCCUGCCUUUCAAGAAAUUGAAUUAGAGAAAAUGAUUGAGUAUGAAAAUGAAAUCGAUUUUAGAAAACAAACCUAAUAAACAAAAUUUAAUGAAUUUUAGGAUAGGUUUUAGAAUGUGAAAAUAGAGAAAAAAAUGAGUAAUGUUUUGUAAUCCUUUUACCUUGCAAAAAAAAAUAAAGAAACAAUGAAUAAAGAUAGCUCAAUUAACAAAAGUAUUCAAGAAAUGUAAUAGAAUAGGUCAAGACUGAAUUCUUUAGAAAAUAAUGUAUCUAAAAAAUCUGUAAAUAAUAGUAAUUAUUAGUGCUACUUUAAUGCUUAACCUCAUUAGGCUGAGUAAAUAAAAAAUGUGGCUAAAGAAUCUAUCAAACAAUUAUAGGAAUAUUUUAAAAAGUUUUCAAAUAAUUUAGAGAGUAGAGGAGUGUUAAAUGAUUAAAUUAAUAAAUUAAGAGUAGAAUCUCUCUACUAUGCGAGAAAAAAUAAAAUUUAAAGAAGUUUAGAAGAAAAAUAUGGUUAAAUUACAGAUAGUAUUUUUAGUGGUGAGUAUCAAUUUAGACCAAAGAAAUACAACUCCAAAAAAGAAUUCUCUCAACACUUGAUUGAUGUAAUAACUAAGCCAAAUUAUCAAAUGGGUUUCAAUAACAACAGUAGCAAUAAUAAUAUUAAUUAACAUACAUAAAAUGAAACACAUUCAAAAAACUUUCUUCCUUCUACGAGUAUUAAAAAAAGUUGA